AUUUCGCCAUCUGCCUUGGAAGGGCUUGCGCUCUACGCCCAGACUCUUUGGGCCCCUCAGCUGACGAAAAGGUCAAGACUGGCAAUGCCAUCGAUGAAAUGCCCUUCUUGGCCUAGGAAGAUGGUCGUCUCUCUCGCGGGCAACAGAAGGGGAUGCGGACUCUUCUUGUGACCAUCCGCAACCUCAAGGACAACGAGGACAAAGAGACUGAAAGUGAAGAUCAGAAGCAGACAAUGAACUUCCACAUUAAAUCCCCCCAGCAGCAGGCCAAUUUGACACUCUCAGCUCCGCACCGUCUGCUAGUCAUUGGUCUUCGACGGGGAGUGUUUGACGGGCUUUCGACAAUCGACGACCUUUUCGAUUCUGAGCUGGACCGAAUCCCUAUCAAGGCCGAAUUUCUCCAUAAGCCUGUUCUUCUUGUGGGGAAUGCGGAUGACUCGGGCCUCAAUGACGACCAUAGUCCCAUGCCGGCCGCUUCUCUGACCAAGUGGAUUGAACUUCGCGGAGAGCGGGUGGGAUGGCCAGGACAGCUGACGUCCUGCAAUAUCCGUCGCCUCACCGCAGCGACAUAUGUCAAAGCUCUGGGGGAUGAUCACGCUCGAAUGCUCAUGUCGCACGAACCAGAUUCGCUGAUCCUCGGGCGCUUCUUCAUCGACCGUACUCCCUUGACCGACGCGUCAAACAUCACCCUUGGUGAAGAGACCAGGAGCAGCAAGGCUAAGGAGUUCUCGCAACUUGAGAUCACGUCUGGGGUCCCGCUAGACGAACUUCCUGCUAGGAGAAUUCUCGAGACGUAUGGACCAGAGUUGAAUGCGCUCUUCCGGCAAUACAUACGCGCCGAUUCCCGAUAUGCUCUGUUCACCCAAGAAGAAAAGAAGAACCGUGAUCGCGUGCUUCGUCGCAAGGCAUUCCUCGUCAUGCGCACAGAGAUGAUAUGACUCCAUCAAAAGCAGCAGGCACAAGCUGGACGUGUCAUACUAAAGGUG